UACCAAAGCAUGUGAAGGCACUGCAGAUGAGCUCAUAGCUUUCGGGCAUGCUACAGGACUGGUGGUGAAGCCGCAGGUUACAAUACGGUGACGCUGGGCCUCGCUCGCCACGUGCAUUCACCCCCGCUGGCCGCGCUUUCCCUAUAUAGACUCGCGCAGUCCACGACAACCUCGCCCCAAUACACCCUAACCUCGAUAGAUCAGCUAUGAAUGAAAUGGAGGCGGCCAAAUACGAGCACCUAGAUGCUUCGAGCACGCUCCAGCUCGAUACCCGAGACAAUUACACGGAGGUCCAGAAACACCCAACCGGUUACCCUUACCACGCGUACGAGGCUGCAAAAGCCGAGCCAUGCGCCGUCCACGCAGAUGGGUACAUCUUGCCUAUUCACAUGCUGACCUGCGGUCACCUUGUUGCCAUUGACAGCCCUCUGACUGGAAGUUCCGACAAUCGGUGUGGCCUGAACUGUCUGCACGUGGCUCACUGGAUCAAGCAGCAAACCGACAACGCCACGGCGCAGAAUGCCGACCUUCGCGCUGAUCAAUCAUGCGAACAAGUCCUGACCAGCUCUACGACGCUCAAGAGCACAACGGAUCCUGUUCUCCCGGCGAUCACUCAACACCAGUCUCGCGACAACAUCUACUGCGAGAUCUGCCACGGCCUUCCAGCUGGUAGCUAUUUCGUCGUCCCACGCGACGUCAGGCGUGCACUUGCCUUCACUCGCCCCGUCAUUGAGCACUUCUGUGGUCUCGCUAGCGAAGAGAUCGUUAAUCAGCUCUGCAGACCUUUCUACAACCCCGACAAACUCGGCUACGACUGGAAGCUGACCCAUAUCUUGCGCUGCGGCCACCAGGUGUGGGCUCAGCCGGCGCGACCUUGCGCAGCAAAUUGCUCCGAUACCCCAGAGUGCAAGAGCAGAAUCUUCCCUGGCAACAACCAGCAGGGCGAUGUCAUCUUUUGCUAUGAAUGCGUCUACCGUGCGGAGAUAGUGUAUGCGCGGUACGCGCAAGCCGGAAGGGACCUCACACGAAGGUCGGAGUCGCAGACGGGACUACAAGGCGUAUUGGUACCAGGAAAUGCGCAACAUGUCCCGCAGCCACAGGUUGUGCCCACCUACGAGGUUGCUGACCCUAUCUCUGGCAGCUACCUGGAAUAUCGGUCCGCUGACGGGUUUCCCUUCGAUCCAGUCUCCGAGGAGGGGAGCUCGAUGUCAAGUUCCGGAGCAUAAGUAUGAUCUCUCAUCAGGGAGCACAUCAUAGAGUUAGUCUCUACGCGAUCAGUCGAAAAUACGAGCGAGUACA